AUGUUGUUUUUGGAUGAAGCCAGGACCGGCACGAGACCCCGAAACUCAGACAGGAAGCUGAAACAUUUUAGAAACAGCGUUCGCCUCCAGCCUUCACCGCCCUCUGACGUUCCUGCUCCGGCUGCCGUAGACUCCUGGAAAACUUGCUGUGUUGAAACGUUUCUGUGUUACCUCUACCCAGCUGGAGGACGGGCGAUACGCGUGUACUCCGCUAAUUAUGGACGUCGUGACGCAGCCACCUGUUCUUCCGGACGUCCUCAUUAUGAGCUCCAAAAUGUCCGUUGCUCUCGUCCCACCAACCUGGUAGCUCAGAGCUGUAACGGGAGGAGCAGCUGCAGCAUCACGGCCAUUAACUCUGUCUUUGGGGACCCCUGCUUUGGAACCUACAAGUACCUGCACGUGGCCUACAGGUGUCGCUGUGAGUGGAAGCCCUGA